AUGGAUCAAGACUACCCUGUCCGGCACUCACUCCCCUUCGGCGGCCAACGCAACAAGCUCGCCGAGUUCCUGACAGCGGAUCUGCUGGUAGCUGCAGGAUCAGCAACCCUGGUGACUCCCGCUGUCAUGAUCCUCGACCGACUGGUCGUCGAGAAGUCAUCCUACAACCAACCGCUUCUCCCGGCCUUUCGCCGACACCUCUGGCUCUCCAUCACGCAGCCUGCAAAUUUCCUCACAUCGCGGCCGGCUCUUCUCGUCUGGUCCCUCUACACCGCGACCUUCGCGACUGCAAACGCCACGGAGACCAUCCUGAGCAAAGUCUACCCCGCCGUCGACCAUGCCAUCGCAGGCACCACCACCUUCCUCUCGACCUUCGUGGUCAACUCCUCCGUGGGGAUCUGGAAGGACGUCAAGUUCGCCCAGCUAUUCGGCCACCAGGCUCCCGUCGCGAAAGCUCCCACCCCUACACCAGCUCCAUCCGCUGCCGCCACGCCGCCCAAGAUCCGCACCGUCACGCGUUCCUUUCCUCUCGCCACCUACUCCGCCUUCCUCGUCCGCGACGCCCUCACCAUCUUCGGCUCCUUCAACCUCCCCCCGCUCGUCUCCGCCUCAAUCCCAGACUCCAUCGCCUCCAGCGAGUACCUCAAGAUCCUCAUCGCGCAGCUCGCCGUCCCGGCCUCCAUCCAGCUCAUCAGCACCCCAAUCCACCUCCUCGGCCUGGACCUCUACAACCGGCCCAUCCAGCUGCCCGCCAAGGAACGUCUCGGCCGCGUCGGCCGCGACUGGAUCGGCGCGUCCCUGACUCGCAUGUGUCGCAUCAUCCCGGCCUUCGGGAUCGGCGGGUUCGCCAACACAGAGGGGCGCGCCUUCCUCCACGGCCAGCUCGAUCGGAUCGAAGCUGAAUCGUGA